GACACCGUUUCCUGGUAUGAACUCAUAGCAAUGGGCUGAAGAAAGAAUCAGGGAAGAGCUGCAUCGCAAAUCCAGAAAACCAUGUCAGAUACAAACAGCACUGAAAAGGAAGGAGGGUCCUUCUCAGCCAGAAUCAUCAACAUAGUCUUCAUCAUUCUCGUUUUGGAUCUGCUUGGUUUUACCUUGAUCCUGCCUCUGCUGCCUUCAAUUUUGGACCACUACUCACAGGAACAAGAUGGUGUCUAUCAGUGUAUGCAGGCUGCUGUGGACUGGUUCAGGGAGUCUAUUGGGAUUCCGUUAGAUAAAAAAUACAACACUGUUCUGUUUGGAGGUUUGAUUGGGUCACUUUUCUCGCUGCUACAGUUUUUGUCCUCACCUGUCACUGGGGCGUUGUCUGACCGAUACGGCAGACGGCCCCUGCUGAUGGUCACUACAUUUGGCCUCAUCUCCUCGUAUGCCGUGUGGGCUGUUUCCAGAAACUUCACCAUGUUUCUUUUGUUUCGUAUAAUUGGGGGAAUCUGUAAGGGAAAUGUCAGUCUGUGUACUGCCAUUGUAGCUGACUUGCCUUGUCCAAAAGCAAGGAACAGGGGAAUGGCUAUGAUUGGCAUUGCCUUUUCAUUAGGCUUCACUGUGGGACCUCUGAUGGGAGCCUAUUUUGCCAUGAGCUCCAGGACAUCAGGAGAAGACAAUGCGUUUCACCAGACUCCUGCGCUGCUUGCUUUGGCCUUCACUGUGGCAGACCUGCUUUUUAUUUGGCUUGUGCUGCCUGAGACACUAAGAAAGGAUCUCAAGGCCACUUUCUCUGGUCACUCCAGGGACCUCCUGAACCCAGUAUCUUUGCUGUGCUUCUCGGCUAUUAGCAGAUCUAAUGAUUCUCCUUCAAAACAAAGGAUGGAGAAACUAAGAAGAUUGGGUCUUGUUUAUUUUUGCUACCUUUUCCUCUUCUCUGGUCUGGAAUUUACACUCAGUUUUCUGACACACCAGCGCUUCAAUUUCACAAGCAUGCAGCAAGGGAAAAUGUUUUUCUUCAUUGGCGUCGUCAUGGCUUUGAUCCAAGGAGGUUAUGCUCGACGGAUCAAACCUGGAAAGCACAUAAGCAAUGUACAAAUGGCCAUGGUGACUUUGAUUCCAGCAUUUUUACUCAUUGGAUUCUCCUGGAAUGUAACUAUGCUGUACACUGGCCUGGCUCUAUACUCCUUUGCGGCUGCAAUAGUUGUGCCGUGUCUGUCGACUCUAGUGUCUGACUAUGGUUCUGUUAGUCAGAAAGGCACAGUGAUGGGGAUCUUGCGGAGUUUGGGUGCCCUGGCCAGAGCAAUGGGCCCAGUUGUCUCAUCCACUAUUUACUGGGUAGCCGGAGCCAAAACGUGUUUUUUGCUCUCAUCUGCAUCUUUCAUUGUACCUUUGGCUCUUUUAAGAACUGACUGGAGCCUACAGGACGAUAAGAACAAAUAGCUUGCCACAAAUUAUGAUAUAUGCCGGUACUGAUCUAAGACCAAAUGGAUGUUUACAAUGUACUGAUUGUAUUAUAAGAAACAGCUGAACUUUAAUUGUGUAAACAAAAAAGGAAACUGUUGCUUUUUUACUACUUUUGUCAUGUUUCUAUUUUAAUGAACAAAAUAUAUAUUUAUUUUGUA